CCUGGUCCCCUUUCCCACUCCACCUCCCCACAAGUUGUCUGAGAUGUCGCCUUCCACCUAAACAUCACCUUCCUGUCUUCAGACUUUAACUCUGGUCUCUGACUUCUGCUUAGUUCCACAUUUGCUAGCCAUUUGCACAGAAGACUGCCACCUUCCCUUCCUGGAAUCUCUAAGGUUUUCUGCUUUCCUCGUGCCCUGAUCACCAGCCCUACUAACUCAGCAGAGAUGGAAGUGCCGGCCCUCUCUGAAACUCUUAAGCCUACUGCUGAUGUCAAUCAAGAAUCUCCGGAGCCCAGGAUUAUCGUUGCCUUAUUUGACAUCGGAUCACUUCCUCCUGUCUCCUGGGGUUCUCUCCCCUCCCUAAAGAGUGGUGGCCAUCAAGCAACUGAAGAGCAGACUGCAAAGAACUUUGAAAAUCUCCUGAAAGAAAUGAAGAAUAUUCUUAAAAAUGUGACAGGUUAUGAAGAGAAGAUCACAGAAGCAAAAGAAUCUUUUGAGGAAACCACUAUCUCUGAGGAUGUGUUGGAACUUAAAGGAAAAAUCAGAGGACUUGAUGAAAUAAACAGAGCGCUAUUGAAAAACCUGCUUGGUAGUUUAGACCUAGAGAAAGAACAGAAUACAAAGAAACAGGAGAUGAUAUUGAAAAACCAGAACUCCAAGGACACAGUACAAGGUUUUGCAAGGGAUUUGGUAAAUCGUUCAGAAGAAAUAAGAGCCCUUGAUGAAAUUCAGCUAAGUAAGGAAAAAGCAAAGUCCAGUUUUCCUCAUGCUCAAGAAAAAAAUAUGAAACUUAGGAACAGCAUGGAGCAGUUACUACAGGAAGCAGAACACUGGAGUGUGCAACAUACUGAGCUUAGUGAACUAAUAAAAUUGUACCAGAAGUCUCAGAAAGACAUAAGAGAAACUCUUGCAAAUAGUGGAAUCCACUUCCAAACUCAACUGAAUAACGAGCUGUCAGCUAAGUGUGAGCUGGAGGAACAAGUGAGGAAAUUGAAACAUGACACGUAUUCAUUGCGUUUGAUUGCAGCUUUGCUGGAGAAUGAAUGCCAGAUCUUACAGCAGAGAGUAGAGCUUCUCAAGGAACUUCAUCAUCAGAAAGAGGGAGCUCGGCAAGAGAAGCCGGUUCAGAUCAUCCACAAACAGGACAAGAAAGAACCGAAGCUGUCGGAGGCAAAGAAGGUAGAAAUUCAUAAGCAGAAAAUGCAAGAAAUAGAGGGUGCAUUUCAGAAAAGAGACCAAUUCUAUAGAAGCCUGGAUGCCUGUCGUAAUAAGAAAGCUCGUAAUAACUGGUUCAAUAUUCAUAUUGCAAGAAGAGCUCUUGUGGGAAAAAAGAGGCCAGGCAGCAGCCUAAGAUAGAAAACAUAAAAAGUAGAAGAAAAGGCGGUUCUUCAAAAAACUUUACUACAUCCAACUCCAGGCAUAAUCUAUCAUCAAACCUAGGAUAGAUCUGUUGGUUCAACCAAGAAAGAGCUAUAACAUGACAAGAUUAACACCGACUUGGUUCAUUACCUCGGUAGCUACGUAAGUUU